AUGCCACGCCCCAAGGUUCAUCCAGCGAAUCGGCUACGGGCGAACACUGCAUGCACUGCCUGUCGUGCAUCCAAAAAGCGCUGCAGUGGUUAUUUCCCAUGCACUAACUGUAUUCACAAAGGACGUGACCGCUCAUGCACUCCAUUCAAGUCCUUACCAAAUGCAGGCCUCCGAAGUCGCCUUGUACCUCCUUCUCAACCUACAGUCGAGGCACCUCGGACAUGCAGGGAAAUGACAGUCGAUUUGCAAACCCCGUUGAGAUCACAGUCUCAUGAUAUUGGUACGCCCCAUCUCGAGUUCGACAAGCUGCAGGCGGGAUCGUCCCCUGAAGUUACGCAUCGGACGCAUCCGCGCAUGCUCCGCAAUCUGCAAGGGGAACGAGUGUACGUCGGGAAAGCCGCCUCUCUAUCAUUUCUACAAUUGCUUCGGGAUACAGUGACCCAACAUAUCGGCCCCUCACAGUUCUCUCAUAAUGGGGGAAGUGAAGAUAUGCUAGAAGCAGAAUCUCAUCAUGAUCUGUUGAAUUUCUCCCAAGAAUGUUGCACUGUUGAUGAGAAGGACCGAUUUAUCCAGAAUUAUCACGCAGCGACGAGCGGCUUUUUCAAUUUGAGCUUUAGUGCUGAUGUUUCAUUUACAUUGAUUAGCCCAGAGGAGCCCAAAACCGAUCGGGAAAGGACUAGGGCGGCCAUCGUGGACCUUAUGGUUGCUAUCGGAGCACAAUCCUACCCGAACGAUCGAAAAACCCUUCAAGUGGAACGGUUUUACUUUGCUCGUGGUCAACGUAGGACGUUUGCCAACAUGCUAGAAGAUCCUAGUGUGGAUUUAGUCCGAGUAUUUUUACUCAUGUCCUUCUAUAUGCUGGGGGCAUGCCGGCGAAACACGGCAUUCAUGUACCUGGGAGUGGCAUCACGAGCAGCAGUGGCGCUUGGGUUCCAUGCAGACUUUCCAGGGUCAAUAAGCCCCGAUGAGAGUGAUAAGAGCAAUGAACGAUCACGAUUAUGGAUGAGCUUAUGUAUUCUCGAUUUGCUUGUCAGUUCGAUCCUCGGAAGACCUUCUGCUAUAUCACCGCUAUUGCCCGAGAAUCGACCUGAACCUAGUGGGAUUGGGACCGGACCGACUGAUCCUGGCCUGGUGGCUUCAUAUCAGUUAUCCUUGAUCCUGAACAAAAUAAUAAACUGUCUUUACAGUGAAAAGGCCGCAUCCACACAGCAGGCAGACCUCCUAUUAUGCAAAUUAAACGGCUGGUGUGAAUACCUACCGCGAUCAUUAAGGACGUCGUCUUUGGAACACAAAGACCAGAGCACUUUCCGAGAGCAUACAAUUAUGAACAUGCACGUUGCAUGUUCAUAUCAUUUUGCGGUGAUCUUAGUCACCCGACCUUUCCUCGUCUCGGCCUUAAGUGUCCGGCUGACCCGGUUACACCAGAGCCUCUCGACCGGUGAUCCUAUUGAGCUGCCUGAGGAAGAUCCAGCCCACUCCCGCCUCGCAUCAGCAUGUAUCGAUUCUGCCGUAUACAUGCUGCAAACAUGUCUGGAGGUUCAUAGGUCCGGUCUUCUUCUUCGGAAUAUGUGUAUUCUCAAAGCGUUUAUUUUUGCCGCAGCCCUUGUGCUCGGGUUCUCUAUGUUCUCUCAUCGUGACGUGGAUUCUGAGAUUGAUGAUGUAUUCCGCGGUGCCCUGACCAUCUUGCGCAUGCUGGCGUCGCAAUCUGCCCAGGCAGCUCAUUACCUAGAGAUAAUAACAAAGCUAGAUGCCGCUAUAAGCAAGCAGCGCCAGCGACUCACUGCCCAAGCCCGACAGCGACGGAGUCAAUACGUCACUCGGAUAUUUAGCUUGAACGACACCCCGGCAAUACCGCAGACACAAAAUGAGGGGGACGAGGAAGAAGAAGAAGAAGAAGAAGAAGAAGAAGAAGAAGCGAUAAAUCCGACCCCACUUCUACCGCAGAGUGUCACAUCAUAUGCGUGGUUGCAUUCAGACGAUGGCACAGCUGCUACUGUCUCACCUCCCAUGAUUGAUGGGGCUUUGUUUGAUUGGGAGGGUAUGGAUUUGCCGCUAUGGGAUAGUUUCCCAUUUCUCGCCGAAUCAACUACAAUAUGA